AUGGCCUCGUCCUCGACAACCACAACUGGAAGCUCGACACUUGCAACAGCGACAUGUCUCCAUGUUCCCCCCGGUAAAAAUGGCUAUUUACCACCUGAAUCAUGCGAUGUCGUGCUGUACUACGUUCCCUCGUUCGCGGCGGCGGUGCUGUUUUGCGUUCUAUUUGGAAUGAGCACAUUGUUGCACUGUGUCCAAUCUCUUAUUUAUAAGAGGACGUACAUGUGGGUGUUGAUCAUGGGUGGAGCGUGGGAAGUACUGGCAUUUGUGUUUCGAACAUUGCAGACUCGACACCAGAACAACGGAGACUGGGACACGCUAUUCACUUUGUUCUUCCUGCUGGCUCCUAUCUGGAUCAACGCCUUUCUCUACAUGACGCUCGGCCGCAUGAUCUACUUCUUCCUGCCCGAGAAGAAUCUGCACGGUAUCUCUGCGCGUCGCUUCGGCACGAUCUUCGUCUGGCUUGACAUCGUCGCCUUUCUCGUCCAAGCGGCCGGGGCCAUUCUUGCGGGUAACCAGGACAGCGACACCGGGUCACUCAUCACCACGGGUCUGAACAUCUACAUGGGCGGCAUUGGGCUGCAAGAGGCCUUUAUUCUUUGCUUCUUGAUUCUCGCCAUCAAGCUGCACAGGCGGAUGCUUCGAUUGGAGCGUUCCGCAGACGAACCCAACGAGAGACUGACCAAGACGCCGCUUAACUGGAGAUGGUUGUUCUAUGGACUCUACUUUUGCCUGGAGAUGAUCACGAUCCGAAUCAUCUUUCGAAUCAGCCAAUACGCCCAAGGCACCUCGCCUGGCAGUCCCGUACUGACGACUGAAGCCUACGAAUACGUCUUGGACGCCGUGCCCAUGUUCCUUGCCAUGCUGGUGUUGAAUGUCAUUCAUCCGGGACGAAUCCUUCAAGGCCCGGAAUCGGGAUUCAGUGCGAUUCGCCGCGCGGAAAAGCAAGCGAAAAAGGACAAGAACGAGGAGAGGAAAAAUGCCAAGGAAGACGAGAGGAUGGUCAAGUACAUGGCUAAAGAGGAUAAGAAGCGACGGAAGGGAGAGACGAAAGCCAGUCCUACUGAGUCUUCUACCCGGCCGGCUAUGGUAUAA